CGAAAAAAAUAUAUCCUCUAAAUUCCAAUAUUAAACUCACAUCGGUAUGCUCAAUCGCCACACCGUCGAUUGAUACUCCAUAAACAACUUCACCGGCAGUGUACAACAGUUUAAACAGAACGUAUCUCGGAAAUUUCAAAUUCCUAAUAAACUGUUUGAUAAUUUUCACUUUUCAGGUGCUUUUGGAUAGUUCAGGUUCAGCCCGCCACAGCUAAGUCCUUUUUGGUUGGCGCAAAAAGGGGCUGCUUUCUCCAUUCUUGCAUGCUUAUAUAUCUACAAUCCAAUCAUUCACAUCUUACAGCCUUUAUUCAAAAUGGUAUUCUUUCCUUCAAUUUCAAGAACUAUUUCUUCUUCAGUGAGGAAAAAUGUGCAAACCCAUUACAGAAAAUUGAGGUACAUGAGUAACGUUCCAGAAAACACUGUAUAUGGUGGGCCGAAACCCCAAAACCCAAAUCAAAGAGUGACACUAACGAGUCUAAGACAAAAACAUAAGAAGGGGGAGCCUAUAACAAUGGUGACGGGUUAUGAUUACCCAUCAGGUGUUCAUAUAGAUAUGGCUGGAAUUGAUAUAUGUCUUGUGGGUGACUCAGCAUCUAUGGUAGUUCAUGGGCAUGACACCACUUUGCCUAUUACACUUGAUGAGAUGCUUGUUCACUGUAGAGCUGUUGCUAGAGGUGCUAAAAGGCCUCUUCUUGUUGGUGAUUUACCUUUUGGUACUUAUGAGUCUAGUACUAAACAGGCAGUAGAUACAGCUGUAAGAGUUCUAAAGGAAGGAGGGAUGGACGCAAUUAAGUUGGAAGGUGGGGCGCCAUCAAGAAUUACAGCAGCUAAAGCUAUUGUUGAAGCCGGGAUUGCUGUAAUUGGGCAUGUGGGACUAACACCACAGGCAAUCAGUGUACUUGGAGGAUUUAGGCCUCAAGGCAGAAAUGUUGAUAGCGCAGUCAAGGUUGUGGAAACUGCCAUGGCAUUGCAGGAAGUAGGUUGUUUUUCUGUUGUUUUAGAAUGUGUGCCUGCGCCUGUGGCUGCAGCAGCAACAUCCGCUCUUCAGAUCCCCACUAUUGGAAUCGGUGCUGGGCCUUUCUGCAGUGGUCAGGUGCUAGUUUAUCACGAUCUACUUGGGAUGAUGCAACACCCACACCAUGCCAAGGUUACUCCUAAGUUUUGUAAGCAGUUCGGGCAAGUUGGAGAUGUUAUCAACAAAGCUCUUCUACAGUACAAGGAAGAAGUAACAAAUGGUUCCUUUCCUAGCUCUGCUCAUAGCCCAUAUAAGAUAGGCGCAGCCGAUAUGGAUGGUUUCUUCUCCGAGUUACAGAAGUUGGGUUUCAGUGAUGCAGCUUCAGCAGCAGCUGCUGCCACUGAAAAGAUUCAGACAGCUAAUUCGCCUGCCUAAUUGAGAGGACCAGCAUAUUUUGAGUAUGGUUGGAGCCAAGAAGUGCUAUUAAAUAUACCUUCUGAACUAGAGUGAGCUAUUACUCAUUGUCUCGCCUAGGUGGGUUGGGAAAAGGGGGGGGGGGGGGGG